CCUGCCAUGAGGAUGAUGAACUAAACCACUGAAACUGUCUUAUAGAAAUUUGCCUGAUGCAACCUCUCGACGUGGUGAAAACCAGGAUCCAAGUUCAGAGAGCUGAAAUGGACCCACACAGUUAUAAAAGCUUAGGAGACAGCUUUCGGAUGAUCUUCCGAACAGAGGGGCUUUUUGGCUUUUACAAAGGAAUUCUACCACCCAUUUUAGCUGAAACACCAAAAUGUGCAGUCAAGUUUUCCACCUUUGAGCAGUACAAGAAACUGCUGGGAUAUGUGUCACUACCACCAGGGCUGACAUUUGCCAUUGCUGGACUUGGAACUGGAGUAACAGAAGCCAUUGUGAUCAACCCUUUUGAGGUGGUGAAAGUCGAUUUGCAGGUCAAUCGGAACACAUUCACAGAGCAACUAUCCACUUUUGCUUAUGCAAGGCAAAUCAUUAAGAAGGAAGGCUUGGGGAUCCAGGGCCUCAACAAAGGACUUACGGCAACUCUGGGACGUCAUGGAAUUUUCAACAUGGUUUAUUUUGGCUUCUACCACAACGUCAAAGACAUUAUUCCUGCCAGUACGGAUCCAACCUUGGAGUUUUUGAGAAAAUUUGGGAUUGGUUUUCUCUCGGGGACAAUGGGCUCUGUCUUUAACAUCCCCUUUGAUGUUGCCAAGAGUAGGAUCCAAGGGCCCCAGCCGGUUCCUGGAGAGAUCAAGUACAGAAACUGCUUUAAAACAAUGGCGACAGUCUACCGGGAAGAAGGGAUUCUAGCCUUAUACAAAGGCCUGGUUCCCAAGGUGAUGAGACUUGGACCAGGUGGCGCAGUGAUGUUGUUGGUGUAUGAACACACCUAUGCAUGGCUACAGGAAAACUGGUGA